AUUUUAGUGUCAAUCAAAAUUAAAAUUGACAAUAGUGCAAGGUUCCUGUACUGAUUAAUACACAUACCAGGAUUUGGCUGUUGCCAUCUUUGUACCAGGUGUAUAACAGAGACAUAAUCAAAAAUGUGCAGACUUCGAUUAAUUAUAUGCAUAAUCUUGUUCAAACCAAAACCUGGUAUGAUUCAAUCAGUUCAAGUCUAAUGAACAGACUUUGAAUAGAUUUUGAAAAUAUUCAGAAUAUAAUUAUAACAAAAAAGUAAAAAAUAGGCCUAUAUCACAGUUUCAAUAGACUAAACAUGCAUGGCACAAGUAAACAUCAUGUAUUUUCAUUUACAAAACAUGUAAUUUCAUUACAAAAGACUGUAAAAAUUCACUAUAUUUUGGUAUUAUAUACCCAACUUCCAACUAAAGCAAUAAUCAUAUUAUGACUGAUAUUAAAAAAUUACUAUGGCACAUACAGUAAACAGCAGAAAUUAGUCUUGCAUCAAACUUCUACAUGUAUAUUGUUAAUCUUCCUCUUAUAGACCAUGACAUCACCCAAAACAGAAUCCAUCAUCUUCAAAGGAAGGUGAAUCUAAGCAAGCAUACAAGUAUGUACCUACUAUACAUGUCAGGGACUAGAAUUCUGUGCUACAAAAUGCAAAAUUCUGCAAGAAAAAAAUUAAAAUUCUGCAAGCCAAAAUCUUCACUUCAUUUCACUGCAUUUUUUCGAAAUAGUGUGAAAAUCAAAAUCAAACUGUCAUAUUUUUCAAACGUGCACAUGUACAGGGUGUCCAAAAAACAGGACCGUAAGAAAGUUGAAUAACUCGGUCAAUUUUGCAUAUUUUGCCUUGAAAUUUCAGAU